AUGUCGUCUAUAAGCAGCAAUCUGGAUAACACCCAAAGAUUUCUUACUGCCGCGUUGAUUGUCUUUCUUAGUAUUGGUAUUAUUGGACAUGCUCUCAACUGUAUCGUGUUUCUUCGUAAAAAGUUAUCCGCUAGUCUUUGUUCUACUUUCUUCGUUGCAACUUCGGUUACUAGCACACUAUUUUUAAUCUAUGAUAUAGUUCUAUUAGUUAAUUCUUUGCAUGAUCAUGCACUCGAAAACGCUAAUCUCGUCUUUUGCAAGCUUUGCUUGUAUCUUCGUCAUGUAUUACUUGGUACCUCACGAACUUACUUAAUAAUUGCUUGUAUAAGUUGUUAUAUUUACUCAUCAAGACACACUCGAAUACGUAAUCUCUUCCGUCAAAAAAUGACUCUGCGAAUUAUUGCUCUCGUACCGAUCGUUUGGAUGAUUAUUCCAGUUUACAUUCCUAUAUUUUCAAGUAUUCACCAUGAUCAAUGCAGAAUGCAGUCGACAGUCGUUACUCUCUAUCACUCGUUUUAUGUUUGCUUUAUUUUCGCCAUUCUUCCAUUUCCUCUGAUGAUUGCAUUCAGUGUUUUGAUCUAUCAAAAUUUACGAAAAAGACAUCGUAUUGUUCGUCCAAUUGUCCGGAAAUCAAAUCCUAAACAGAAAGGUGAUCAAAAUAAAAAUCUCCACGGUUUUCAUCGUUGCGAUCGUCAGUUAAGCACAAUGCUAUUAAUUCAAAUUAUUGUUUAUAUAUCCCUUACAAUUUUACAUCCAAUUCAUUUGGUAUACAAUACUUUAUCUUCAAUCACAGAAGAAGUAAAAUCCAAUGAUCGAAUAGCCAUGGAAAAAUUUCUGACAUUCAUGACCUCUGACUUUCUCAUCGAUCUAUCAAAUGCUGUCCCAUUUCUUGUUUUUCUUAUAUCUCAUACUUUCCGGAAAGAACUUUGCAAAGUCAUUGUUGCUUAUCUAUGUUGA